UCUCCCUCUCCCGCCUUGGGCCCGGGUCCUCCGGCAGGCGAGCGAGCGAGCGACGCUCUAGGCUGCGUCCGUUUACUCUCUGCUCUCGGUGGCUUCGGGCCGAGCUGGGCUGGGGGGAAGGGUGACAGCAGCGGCGACUCGGCUCCCGCAGCGCCCGGACAGCGCCGCAGAAUGUCUGACACUUCGUGCCUGUGCAAAGGAAGUGGAAUUUACAGCCAAAACGGAGGCAGCAGGAAAAACAACCAACAAAAACAUGGAAGACAGGUGAAAAUGGCACGGUUCCUAUGAAGCAGUAGCAACUUCUUGACAUCCUGGUUACCAUGACACCCAGCAGAGGACUGUGGAAAUAAAGUGGCAAUUCCUCCCCUCCCCUUAAACUACUAAUGGCCAUGGCUGGGACUUGUCUGAUGUGCUGACAUCAUGGGGAGUUGUUGCAGCUGCCCGUGUAGAGACAGUGUCCCAGACAACCACCCUACCAAGUUCAAGGUGACAAAUGUUGACGAUGAGGGCAACGAGCUGGGCUCGGGGAUUAUGGAGCUGACGCAGAGGGAGCUUGUUUUGCACACGCACAAACGCGAUGCUGUUCGGUGGUCAUACCUUUGCUUGCGUCGCUAUGGUUAUGACUCCAACCUCUUCUCCUUUGAGAGUGGGCGUCGCUGCCAGACUGGACAGGGAAUUUUUGCAUUCAAGUGCUCAAGAGCAGAAGAGAUUUUUAACCUGCUGCAGGACCUGAUGCAAUGCAACAGUAUCAAUGUGGUGGAGGAACCUGUUGUCAUCACAAGAAACAGUCACGCUGCUGAACUGGAACUGCCCCGGACUCCCCAGACACCCAACACUCUAGGAUAUACAGUUCCGGGGUUUCCCAAUGGGUUCCACAGCUUCCCUAGGGAGACUCCAUCUUGCCCUGCAGCUCGACCUCCCUCUAUGAGCAGCCUCAGGCAUUCCUCAGUCGGUGAAGACUCCACACAUGCCCUCAUUGUCCCUGAUGAGCAAUCCCACACCUAUGUGAACACAGGCAGCGGUGAAGAGGAGAUGAGGGGCCGGCACUGUAUGCACUCCUUGCCUGAAGUCCAUCCUCCUGUCCUCCACCCCAGCCACAGCUGCUCCCUGGAGGACCGGAACCCCCAGAUUUACCUGCAGCCAGGGGAGGUGAAGUUCGUGUUGGGACCUGCCCCUGGUUACAGGCACAUGAUGAAAUGUGAUGGCUUCUGCCGGCCUCAUUGGGAGUGCACAGGGCAUAUUUGCACCCCUAAUAACAACAACAAUGAAUGCAAAGACGAGUGCCUCACUCCCAAGUGUAUGUACGAGAACAUCAAUGGCCUGCUGCCAUCUCGAGGUACUGUGCUUCGUCGUGGGGGUGGAGGGCGCUUGAAAAUUGCCCGUGAGGAUCUGAAUCCUCCCAACUGCUCUCAUCGCCGGACCACCCUACUGCACUAUGAGAACCUGCCCUCACUGCCACCUUUGUGGGAGUGUCAGCCACUGAGGCAGGACCAGGAUGAAGAGGACUCUGGUGACGCGAUGACCCCUUCCCCUAAUGGUUAUACUGAGCCUGAGGAAGAUGACCCUAUACAAAACUACAUGAACUCAGACAGUGCGAUACUGCAUGGAGGCCUGCGCAGAGGGGGUUGCCUACAGCGCCGCCGGAGCUGUACACCCAGCGUCUUCAAUUUCGACUUCCGUCGGCCAUGUUUGGAGCAGCAGAGGCAGCUCAACUAUAUCCAGGUGGAACUGGAGGAUGACCCCCGCAAAGGGCACCAAAGCACACCAGUCCCCUAUGCCCCACAUUCUGCUGCCCACCCAGCCCGCAGGACGGAUUCCUAUGCGGUCAUUGACCUUAAAAAGACAGCAGCCAUGUCCAACUUGCAGAGAGCACUGCCCCGGGAUGAUGGGACUUCCAGGAAAACGCGGCAUAACAGCACUGACCUGCCUCUGUAAGAGGAAUGCCCAACCCAAGCACUGCAUUGUGGCUUUCGUACCUGCUCUUCAGUGAAUCAUGUAAUGUGACUGCCAUCUUCCCAUUGCGCCCCCUGUUUCUCAGUGUGACACACUGGGACAGCUCCACCAAGCUAACUUGAGAAAUCUGGUCUAUCUGUGCCUCCUUCCAACCUCCAUUUCUCCUUCCAUGUAGUUUUUGAAGCCUUGCAGAGUGUUUGGAAAUUUGACUUAUUUGAUAGUCGGGAGGGCAGUACAGGUGAAGCCAUCUGUUCCGUCACCAACACACUUUACAUAGGAAUCAUGUUUAGAAAUGCUCCCUUCUCAUUUUAAUGGGGUUCUCUUGAGAGCCCUACCAACAGAAUGUAUUUGGUUUUGAAAGUAUAGAAAUGUUAUCACGGAAGGAGCAAGAGAAAACAAUAACAGAAAACCCUAAGGCUUUCUGGAGAAAACCCCAGAUGGAGCUUAAGGUUAGGGUACGGUUUUUAUCCUGUUUUUAAAAAAUAUAUAUUUUAUUUAUUAUAUUUGUUCAUCACCCCAAACUUCCAUCUCUGGGUGGUUUACAUCAACAUAAAAUAAAUUAAAACAGGAAUUAAAACCUUAAAACAAUUUAAAACCACAAGUCUAGUUAAAAGCUUGGGUGAAUAAAUGUAUUUUUAAAAAGUUGUUAGAGAUGGGGGGGGGGCUCUUAUUUCAGCAGGGAGUACAUUCCAGUCUUGGGGCGGCAACAGAGAAGGGCCUUCCUUUUGUGGCCACCAAACAAGCUGAUGGAAACUGCAGAUGAACUUCGCUGGAUGAUGUGAAUGGGUGAUGGGGCUCACAUGCAAAAUUGUUGUUUUUAUUUAUUUAUGCCUUUAUUUUAUUCAUGCAUCCAUUCAUAUUUUAUUUUAUUAAUUUAUUAAUUUAUUAAUUUAUUUAUAUUUAUUGUCAGAGUUAAAUUGCCAAGCCAAUGUGUAUAGUAUAACUAGUUUGUUGUUAAUUCUUCUUUCCUUGACAGUGGAAGAAGCGGCGAGGGGAGAGUGUCUGGCCACAUCCACCUGUUGAAAGUCAAAAAGUAGAAGGAAGUUGAUUCUGGCUACCAUGAAUCCUUUUGUAAUAAUUUGGAAAGGAAUGCAAGACAUUUGAGCAUGUAUUAAAAGGAUUGAAGGUACAAGAUGAGACUUCUUGCCCAUCUGAAGGAAUUCAGGCAGGGGUAACUUGCUAGGUGCCACUUUCUACAUAGCUAAGACAAGGCAUUUUAAGGCUGCAAAGAGCUAUGCUUGCCCUGGAUUACAAAGCUAGAAUUCCAGGCCCUCCAGCCUAAACCAACAAAGCUUGCCCACGCCAUUGAAAACCCAGGAUGGUCCUAACUCCAGGCACCCAUCCAGAGCUCUCCACAUACAAACAGAGCAACCUCCUAGUUCAAGUUUCUCUCUCUACUGUGUGCGGAUAUGUCUCAUAAUUGCACAUAAGUGCACCUCACUUUAUCCUCAAUCAAAAAGGAUAAUACAGCUUUAAAUUCCCCUAAUGGCUCUUUCAACAGCCAAAGUCUAUCUUGCAGCCUGGUAGAGUUUUUCAGAGAAACAAACACCUCUUUGUAGUGCCCAUGCUAGGAAGGGAUGUCUGCUCAGGUUCAGCCCACUUUUGGCUAGUUUCAUUUGGAGCUUCUCUCCAUCACUUUGCCUUAUUAUGUUCAACUCUCAAUUCGAACAGCCUCCCACAAUGCUCCUGUGAAUCCACUGGUAAAUCCCAGCCCACCAUUUGUGAAUAAACAGCUUGAAGACUAAAUAGAACCUUUUGCCUAACCUUAUUGACAAGCACAGCUUUGUUAUACUGUGACCAUUAGAGCUGCUCUAAGAAUAACCUUACAGUGGGCAAUGUACACAUGACUACUUCUUUUUGCAGCUGCUGCUCUGUCCUCAGAGGCAAUCCUUCCAAGAAUAAUUACAACUGCCUUACAGAUUAAUAUUAAGCCUGUCCUGAGAAGCUAUUUUGCUUUAUGAACUUUGUCUCACCAAAGCCACUAAAAAAAACUCACCAUACAUGCAGUAAGCUUUUACAGGACCAGGGUCUAGGAAUCCUCUGAGCAGCAGGUUAUGAUCUCCUUGCCCUCCUCCCUGAGCCUAGUAAAGCUGGUGGGUCCUUGCCUUGCUUACAGCACCGAUACAGAUUGGAAAUGUGCUGCUAUUUGAUGAAAGCCAUCAUAUUUUGCCUCCUCUACACUUACACCUUUAAAUCAUCCCACCAUCCCCAGUUUUCAUUCGUUAUAAAGUGGAAAGCAACAACAUGUAUGCUUUUAAUUUUGAACUUUUUGUUGGAAGACAAAAAGCUUGAGUUUUAUCCAUUGAUUUAUUUUAGAUUUCUUACCAUCCCAUUGUAAAGACUCUUAAUGUGUAGCAGUAUUUGAAACCGACAAUAUCAAAUGCCAAUGAUAUAUACUGUAUAUAUCAUACUCCAUUUCUGUUUAAUCUCAACUGUUAAAAGCCAACCCAAACAAUGAGGUUCUGGAAACUACUCAAACUUGGAUGUUGAUGUUUCUGGGAUAUAUAUUUUUUUAACUUUCUAUUGCAGAUUGCUGUUCUAAUUUGUCAUUUGUGGAUUACCAGCUUUUGGUAAUUUUGUAUCUUACAGCCUCAAUAUGAGAGGUUGCUUGAAAGGCUUUUAAACAAAAAUUCCACCCCAACAUUUCAUUUCAGCUGCUCUGUGUACUCCAACCCAAAGAAGCUAGAGUUCGCAUGUUCUGUGUCAUGGAGAUGUUUGUCAGUCAAGAUGCUAAGAUCUGGGACACAUUCUUGUAGGGAUGUGCACAAGCCAAUUUGGUGCCUCUUCUUGGAAGCGCCAAACCAGCUCAGGCACCGGCAUUUGAACCAGCUUGGCAAUGUGGGGAGCUCCUUACCUGCUCGUCUGCCGCCCUACCACAUUUCCAGCGGCAACACCUGCUCUCCAAAAGGCUGCCCGCAGCUGAGGCGCUGUUCUCUGCACCUUGGUAUGUGUCCUGUUGUAUGGACAGUAAAGUCAAGAAGUUGCUUCUAUUUAUAUUCAAGAUCACAGUGAAAUGUAGGGAUGGAUGUAAUGAAUUUAAGGAUCUAAAUUGAAGUAAAGAAUGAGAAUUCAUGGUAAAGAAAUUGUUUUUUCUUGAAACCCUUCAGUGCAAAGUUUGUUUGCAAAGGCAAAUGGCUGGUUCUCAUUAGACUUUUCCCUUGCAUUCCUUUGUGCUGUCAUGUUGAACAUGGGAUGAAAAUCUGAGUAAGCCAGCCAAGCAAGAUGAAUGAUUUUUCUGUUCUUGCUGUUUAAGCUUAGAGUAAUGUAAAAUAGCCAACCUAAGUGACCAGUGCACUUCCACUUUAGCCACCCACUUUGGGUUAUAAACUUAGUAUUGCUUAGUCAACAGUGCCCUCCUAACUGCUAUGCCAUAAAUAUAGUUGGAGUUGGAUAGUAAGUGUUACAGGAAGCUGACCUUCCACUAUUUUUAGACCUUAGCUGUGAUAUUCUCAUAUAGUGCCUAUCAAACCUUUUUAAAGCUAGUGGAAGAAUUAAUUCUCCAGUCUGCUGUUUGCUUUGCAUUGGGUCAAUGCAAAUGCAUUCUUUGCCUGUCACAAGGCAUUAUGAGCUGGAUUCAACAACAGCAAUUCUUCCAGUGGUAUAAGUGGCCCUGGCAUCAGGCUUUACUUUAUGAAUUCACAUGCUGUCACGCACUGUGGAAUAUUAGCUAUAGGCUUGGCAGGCUGGCUCAAAUGCAGAGUAUUGAAUUAAGCUCUCUAAUAGCAUUUAACCCCGCUGUAUAUUGAUAGCAAGCCAAAUUGUAUGUAGCAAACCUAACAUGCAUUCAGUUUUAACCAGGAGAAUGAAUUGCUACUACUUCCGGAGAUCUAAUGAAGCUUAAGGAGUAACUAACAACAUUGUUUACAAAAUAACAUUGGUUGGGAAUGUUGACCAUGGCCUGGUCAAAAACAAUGGCUACUAAAUGAGCAUAGAAGAAGGAGAGGGCAUGAGCUCUCCCUGGAUUCUGUCUUGGAUUCUGUUUACUCUGAGGGAUCUGCUAAAGAAUAGUGGAGGAAGAGAAUGGUUUCUAAAAGGUCCUCCUUCUGGUUUUAUAAAUCUUUACCAUAUAGCGGUCUAUAUUAUCUAGUGUGCCCCAAAAUCAUGAGAGCUAGAACCUUGCUUUUGAAAUCUGAUGUUUUCUAGAUACAUCCUAAUUGCAACUAGAUUCUCUGCUGCGUGUCGCAGACAUGGACACACAAAGCUUUAAGUGGCCAUGGCCCAGGCUUUAAGUGCUAGGUUAUCUGAUUUUUCUCCAGCAUUGUUAAAGCAGGAAGUUUUUCACACGGGGCUUUAACCUUUAACUCACAUCUCCUCCGGAAUGGAGUGGGUGCAUUCACAUAUUGGCCAGAUUUACUUCAUAGUCCCUGUGAGUAAUCGGGGAGCAGUUCACACACAAUUCGGGUUUUUCGCAGCAUGUUCGAGUGUAGCCCAAUUUAUAUCCGAGGUUUAAAAAAACCCACUAUUUGUGUUGGUUUUUUGUAACAACUUCAAGUUCACAGUAAAGCCUCCCAGUAAACUCGCUGUGUAUAAAAGUCCCUGGCAAAAAGCGUAGUAUUCAUCUUCCUCCUGGAGACAUUGAAUCAGCUGAUAUGAAACAAAUGGCACUUGCUGCCCCCUAGUGUUCUUUUUGAAAUCUACUGUAUGCCCCUUCCUUGUGACCUCUUCGGGUUCGCGGUCUAUAGUCUGUCUCUUUUUGGUAGACUUCUAUGUGCUGUUUAUACUGCCACUGGGCCCAUGCUAAUAAAAAAAGUGGUACUGUACUUCUGCCAAGCCUUUUAGACCAGCAGAUAAGGUUGCCAUUUUUUCUCUGACUCUGUUAAUAGGUCCAUUAUAGAAAUUCAACAGGUGCGUCUUUCCACUACCAUAGAGGUGCAGUGAUGGGGAAAGCUACACAUGUUGAAUAUCUGCCUGUCAUGACACAUUGUAGGAGCUUAUAUCUCAGAAAAGAGAGACAAACCUAAAGGAAAAUUGAUCUGUAGCCCAAUAGUAGUUCUCCCAGCUUUAAUAUUGUAUUCUUCCACCUCACCCUGGAGCUAUUUAUGAAAACUUGUAGCACUUUAAUAUAAAUUAGGAUAAAGGAAGCCUGAGGAUUUGGUACUUCAGUUCAGCCCUUUUUCUGCUUCCACUAACUUAGAAGGUAUUAAGUGAAAAAUUGAUUUUGGUUCUAGUUGUCAUCAUUUGUCGCUCAUGACAAGAACAUUGUUUUUUAAACUCUGUAUUGGCCUUUGUACAGUGGAUGGCCUUUUAUCUCUGAUUUGCACAUUUUUGCCUUGUUUUUGAACAACCAUUUACAAGUGUGUGGUUCAAGAGUGUGUGCAGAAGUUAUGUUUUUCCUUGCCUUUGCUACAUGUGCCAUGUUAGCCUUAAUAACAAACAAGCAAAAGAGAAAGUUCUAAGAACUUUUGGGCAAUCUCUGUAAACCUCAUGGGCUUAAAGGGUUGUUCUAAGCAUGAUAUUCAGCUGCUGCCCCAUCUCUAGAUACAAGGUGCUCAGCAUCCCAAGUGGAUAUUUACCUACUUUGAAUGCCCCAUCUGGUGCUAUCAGAAAGUCCAUUUAGUUCAAAAAGAGGAUUCAAACAGUCGCCAAGGAUUGUCAUUUUCCUGCCUAACUUGGAUUGCCCACUUAUUUCCCAAAAGUAGUCUAUGUUUUAAAGAACUGUGUGACAGGCAAAAAUAAAUGCUGUGUAGCUUUUCUUAGUAUGGUAAUGCAAAGAUGUGAACAGCUGCACCUAUUGAAUUACUGCUUGCCACAUGGCUGCUAAAUGCAUCUGUUGGGAGGAAAGAAAAGUGGCAAGGUUAGACUAGACCCAGGGUUUGACUUCCUAUAAGGUCAAGGUUAGACUAGAUCUCCCAGCUUAAUGUUUUCCAAACCUUUUCAUAGGCUUUAAGUGUCCAGAUUGGUGAUCUAUCCCUUUUGGAUAGUAAAAGUCUGCAUUUAGAUGUCCUCUUGCAUAAAUUGACUGGGGAGUCACACACAUAUAUCCAUUUUUGGCUAUGCUGUACACAACCUUCCUCCUAAGGCUGGGGCAGGAACUGUAGGCUCACCGAGCUGAGUCAUAGUUGCAUCACCUCAUUUCACAGAGACUAUGAAGAUUAACUGGUGUUUACAAAGAGUUUGAGUGACAUAAGUGCCAAGAAUCAUUACUUGUAACAUUGCUUUGCACAUCAAAUGUAAUCCCUGGUGGAUGGUUAUUUUGCUUUACAUCCUGUGUGAAAGGGCUGUCUACAUAUCUCUUAUUCCCAAUAUACUCUCCAUUGUCUCAUAGUGGGUGUGUCUGUACUUUUAGUUGGAGAGUUGUCUUUCAUAGAAUUGGGGUAACUUACUUAUUAGAGAAGUUUUCUUAAUGUUUUCCCCCAACUCUUCUUGCAUGUUGCCUAUGAUUCGCUGCUGACCCCUUCUGGAGUUAUCGGAUUGCAUAAGAGCAAAGCACCAUUGCCUUCUUAAUAGCUGUGUCAAUGAUGCAAGAUUCUGUCUUCUGUUACUGUGAAGUUGGUAAAAGCAGCUCCUGUCUAUUUCCCCUUUUAUGCAAGUAUUGAAGGCACAGGAGCUCUACCUGUCAAGUAGUGUGGUCACCUGAUCACUGUCCUCUCUGGGACUUUCAGCUGUGAACAUUCAUGAAAUACUCUAAAUUCCUAUAACUACCCUUCUUGGAGAAUGGCCCCAUUUAGAGGAAGGAAAGUAAUUAAGCUGGAGAAAUUACCAGGCUGGAGCCUAAGAAUGUAAAUUGGUGGAUAGGUGGUGGUGGUGAUGGGGGGAAUCCGAUUAUCCAAAGGGGAUCUCAUUUCUUCUAUAAGUUAUUCAUUUUGAAAGGCCCAACUGUGGCUAGGCAGAUCUCAAGCUCUUACCCUGUGCAGUUUUCUUCAUAGUUAUUUGUACUGAUAUCUUUGCUGCUGAUUAUCUCUGACGUGGUGGGAAAACAAAGGCACUUGGAGAUGCCCAGUUGCUCUGGUCAUAAAAGUUGCUCUGUGGUUUCUUUCUUCAGUGGUUCCUGCUGUGUAUCUCUGUUGAUUCCCUCUUUGUAUCUCAUUCAAGUGUAGCCUUCAAAGCAAACAGCGUCAGCAGUGCCAUGUGACUGAGGAGCGCUCAUGUCUUAUUUUAAUGUGCACUAAGAAUGUAUCCAAAAUAAAUGAAAUCUGAUGAUUAUU